AACAGUGCUGUAGAGAGGAGCUGUGAAGAACCUGGCAACAGAAAAAACUCAGCAAACACAGACAUUCACAACAUGGGACGAAAUUGCUCUAUAGCAUGUAAAAAGCAGCGGGUGGGGAUGCUGAGCGAACAAGCAAAUGCAUUCUGAAUUAAAGCAAAAUGCUCAAUGAGGAGACGAGCCCUGCGACACAAUCAACAACACAUUCAUUUUAAAGAGCAUUCAACUCCACAAUGAAAGAUUUUGUCCUGUCAUUGUUGAGUCGUGGGUAUGCCCAGUUUGUGCCAGCUGAAGACGGUCAUGAUGGAAGACUGGAGGUCUGUUUUGAACCAGAGGACUACUUUAACUGGAAAUCCCAGCCUCCCCUGCUGCGUCUCACCAGGAGUGGACAUUUUUUUGGAGGCCUGGAGCCGGUACCUCCUAAGACCUACAGUACGAGAAGAGGACCUCUUAUUCUGUAUUCAGAAGAUCUGGCACACGCAUAUCAAUCUGGCCAGGUGAAGAGGAAGAGGAAGGCUCAGAGCUGCCCAAAACAGGAAGUUGAGAAGCAGCUGCACACACUGCAAGACCUGACUGGAGCGAUUCUGGCCUUUGGAAAAAAGAAGACAAAGGCCGGAUCUCUUUCUGAGGUAAAGCACCCCUUGUUGCCAGCCGCUAAACCUGCAAUACAAACCAUCCACAUCCAUCACAGACCUGCAGACAAGUGCUGCAACUCCAGCCUGGUGAAAGGAGAGAAAGUUGGAGAGGUCAGAUAUCACCCACGUUUCUUCUCAUCUCCUCGACCCAACCAGCCAACUCAAGACCCUCUGCCGCCCAUAACAGAGGGUCUGGUUCACAUACAAGUCCAAGACAAAACACCCACGAUACCAGAUGAACAAAUUACCUUUAAGCCUCAAGAAGAGAAAGACCAACUGAAGGAGCAGCCAAAAGACAGAAAAAGGCUCAAGAAUGUGAGGAUAGCCAUCAACACAUGCCAUACUCAGAUCAUUCCAACCCCAGAGACAGAAACAGCACUCAAUCAGACUGAAGAUGAAGCCGUGACUUUAGCAGCCAGUACAAACCCUUCCACAAUACUCCCACAUCUGACUGACCGUCCCAAGGAUCUAAAUGGCAGAGGGAAGCGCAGUCGGGUGGAGGGUGGAAGAGCAGUUGGAGAAAUGUCUACUUUGAGGUCAGUCUAUGUGGAUUCCUCUUUGGAUUACAGCCCAAUUUCACGGGUUAAUUACUACGGUGGACACAUGGAGGGAUCCCGCCAAAUAAGACAUUGUGAAGAUGAAUCUCACUUGAGAAGAGUGAAUACAGAAACAGAUCCCAGCCUCACAGUCUUCCACUUACCACAAAUAAACCAAAACCCACUGGUCAACUCAAACUCUGACAUCACUUUACCAAUGAAUAUACCAGAAAUAAAAGAAGUGAGAAGCUAUGAGAAUGUACCUCAGCGAGAGCUACACAUGCACCUUCCUGCCAUCAAAGUGCAAACUGCACAUGACGGGCCCUCGGAGAGACGCAUCCAAAGCAAAGUACUGUUGCUCUUCCCUGAACAAACACAACAUACAGACACCCUUCAGCCACAUGAUGAGCUUAGCAGGAGCCCAGUUAAGGAGACUGAGCCAUGUGGCAAUGUGGAGAAUAAAGAGAAAACUGGACAAAACCUUCUGCCUGACAGCAAGUGCAGGGUCAUAGAGAUGGACCUCGGUCAUGUCAUGGGCUCUGACUAUCUAGAAAAAGGAGAUCAGCCUCUGCCUGUUGGUCCACUGCCGCCUUUGCUGGGCCGGAGGGGUCCUGGUAAACAGAGCUCUAUGGCAGUGUACAGACAGAGCCUGCAGGAGCCCAUAGACACAACAGAAGCUCAGACAGGACACACUAGAGGCUGCAUCCCGCUGGAACUCAGAGAAUGGCAGGAAGGCAAAGCAGUGGGCACUUUAAUAAUGGGUCCUGAUGGUGAAAUCAUCCGCCUGUCUCUCUGGGAUCCCACAGUUGACACUGAGGACCACCCAAUAAUGGCUGAAGCCACACAGGCUAACGUCCUCAAGGUUGUGACAUCUGAGGGAGAUCUGAAACAACCCUGGACAAUACUUCUACAGGACCAGGACACAGAUGAAGAGGAAGUCAGCAGUAAUUCUGAAGAAUCUACUUGGGAACAGCUUGACUCUAGUCAUGAGGUGUUUAAGGUCAAUAAAGCGGCAGAGAAAACCAAUGCUAAGAAGAGGCAACGUCUAUUAGGUUCCUACAGUCAACACAUUCAGGAAGCGCAGAUCAACAUUGAUGGAGAGAUAAGCGUAGAGGAGGAGGAGGAAAAUGAAGAAGAGGAGACUGAUGAGGAAGAGGACUAUUUAAGUUCUGACAGUAAACUCAAUGCAAAUGCACGGAUAUUUGGGAAGAAAGCUCACACACGGCAGCCUAAUUCAGAGGAUGAUGAUGAUGAUGAUGAUGAUGAUGAUGAUGAUGAUGAGGAGGAGGAAUUUGACUCCAACAGUCCAAAAAGUCAAGAGAAAAGGGUGAUUAAAGUAAGAUCUCAUCCAAAAAGAUUGAAAGCCAAGUGGAAGGAGGAUUGUUUGGGAUUGUUUGCUGAAAAUGAAAUAAAUCAAGAGGAAAAGAUCAAGGUCAGGUCUCAUGCAAAGAAGAACAAGGUAAAGAAAGAAGAAGAAUUUUUAGACUCUGACAGUGAAAUAUUUCAGAAGGCACAGGUGAUUAAGGUCAGAUCUCGAACAAAGCAAACUAAGAUCAAGAGAAAAGAAAAUAAUUUGGAUGAUAACAAUGAAAUAGUGCAGGAGGAACAGAUUAAGGUCAGAUCACGUGCAAAGCAAUCUAAAGUAAAAAAGGAAGAGGAUUUUUUCAGUUCAGACAGUGAAAUACUUCAGAAUGAACAGGUCUAUUUACCAGAGGAGAGAUUAGAGGAAAUGAUCAGCUCCACAACUCAACAGCUCAAGAAAACCGGAGAGGAGGUCACUGGGGUGCAAAGAAACCGGAGGGUAAAAACAACAACUUUACAGCCGGAAACUGGGGUGACACAGAGGUCAAGGAAGUCCAAAGGUGCUACGCCGGCUAUCAACACAAAAUCAACACAUUUCACUGCCAGAGCAUAUUCACCAGAGUCUCUGUCUCCUGAAGGACAGACUGAAAUCCAGACAGGAUUACCAGCGGCUGCAGAAAAGGAACAAUCAAAAAGUUCACGUGGUAGAGAUGAUACAGAAGACAAGCUGCUGGAGAGAGUGAAGAAAAAUAAGACGACUAACAAGCAAACAGGCAAAUCAAAGGGGAAAACUGUUCAAAUUCAGGAAGAUGCUGAGACCCAAAAUACAAGUGUCCCUGAUGUUCCCUCUUCUACCUCAAAGAAAAAGAAAAUGAAAACAGAAAAAGUGAAAAUUGAAGAGACUGAAGAAGAAAAAGUGGACCAUAGUAAGACCAAGAACUCCUUAUUGAAAGCUAAAAAGAAGAAAAAGGGUCAGCCGGCAUUUGUUGUAGGUAAACCUCAACCGCAGCAAGCUGAAUGGAUGACAAAUGCAGAAGAUGAGCCAGAGACGCAGAUGAGCCAUGAGAAAGCAGUGUCAUCUAGCAACACAGAGGAAACCCAACUAGAAAACACACAAGAUCACAGCUAUAUUGACUCUGGAGACGAAUUGGAUGCUUAUACCGACUCCGAGAGCUCAUACACACAUGCAGACUCUUUCAGAUCGGUUUACAGCAUUAGGAGAUCCCAGCACUCGCUCAUUACAGCACGUUCGGAUGUCAGCCUUCACGGACCCUCACAGACAUCUAUCAGGAGCAGCUCAACGGGAACAGCAGCUCACUGCGGCCCAGCACAACUCUCUCUUAUCCACCUGCCUCCUCAGUCAGCAGGCUCAGCACUCCUUCCUGCCUUAGAUUACAACAAAUCUGAGCCAGACCCCACUAAAUCUGAUCGAGGCCACAGUAUUAAAAGCAGUGAGGCUCCAAAUGACCCAGCAGACAAAAAAGCAGCGCUGACAGAAAGGGCAGAGCGCCGUCGUCUGGAGGUGGAGAAGAAACGGCGAGAGAAAGAGGAGGAAAAGAAGAGACAGCUAGAAAAAGAGGCAACAGAAGAAAGAAUGAGGCUUGAACUGGAAGAAGAACAGAGGAAGAGAUCUGAGGAAGCAAGGUUACAGAGGAUUAGAGAAGAUGAAGAGAGACAAAGAAGACUUGCAGAGGAGAUGGAGAGACAGAGGAGAGAGCAGGCAGAGAAGGACAGAGAGAGAAGACGACAGGAGGAAAAGAGAAGGCUGCUGGAACGACUCCAGAGAGAAAGACAACAAGAGGAGAAACGGCAGGCUGUUGAACUGGAACGCCAGCGUCUGGAGGAGGAAGCUCGGAGGGAGGAGGAGUGCAGGAAGCUGUCAGAGAUGGAGGAGACGGAGAGGAUGGAGUACCUGCGCAGACAGCAGGAGGAGGAGGAGGAGAAGAGGAGAGCUGCUGAGGAGAGGAGGAGGAGGGAGGAGGAAGCAGCGGCCAGCGCAGAACUGGAGGCCAGACUGCAGGCUCAGCUGUUUGCCAGGCAGAGGGCAGCACUGGAGCAGCAAUUAAAGUUUCACAGGGGUCUUUUUGUGGAGGCUGAGGGACUGGAGCAGACACAGGACAUCUCUCGGCCCUGGGUUUUUUCCUAUUUCACCCUGCUGAAGCUGCUUGGCUUGGCUGAGCCCACAUCAGAUGAUGUACUCAAAGACAUGCUGUGAUUCAUUCACAUAGAUUUGCACAGUACAAUUAAAGCUUUGAGACCAGUUACAAACAGAAAGUAUUGCAAUGCAAAAACUGGUGUGAUGCGGAUUUCUAAAAAAAUCCCCUGAUCUCUUGGAAUAUGUUGCACUUAAAUAAAAAUAUGUUGUAUAACAUUUA